AUGGCCGAUAAUUACCCGAAGAGCCCUAGCGAUAGGCCGAUCCUCGUUCCAGGCGUGCAAUCAUACGGCGCCUCACCUUACCAAAACUAUCAGCCUCAGUAUCAAUUGAACGUACCAGGUCAGCUGUCUUUGUCUGGACUUGUGGACGGCAGUCAGGGCUACGGUGGACAGCAGGAACAGGGCCAACUUGCGUUUGGCGGUGGUGGACAUUCUCAUCCCCUGACGGACGAGGAGCGCCUGCAAGCAGAGGCAGAGAAGAAAAAGAUUCAAUCGAGGGAGAGGGUGCGCAGAUUCAGGGACAGGAAGCGCAAAGAGAAGGAAGAGCUCAGGGCUGUGAGGGCGCAGAAGGCAGCGCAGCAGGGGGACUUGAACGUGAGGAUUCGAAGGGAGCUGGUGAAGGAGGUGGUCGACAAGUUUGUCGAGGUGGUGGAGGGCCGGCCCCCCGCCGUGGCGCGAGAGAUCCUGCAGAAGUUUCUGGCGCACCCCCAGGUGAAAGCAACUCUCAGGGACGGCGCCGUCCCCCCGGCCUUUCUCCCAGGCAGGGCCCCCGAUCAAUCUGUAGCCACUCCCAAAGGCAGGAAGAGGAAGCAGCCAGCACAGGAGGUUGCUCCCCCCCCUCAUCAAGUGCAACAGUUACACCAGCAGCACUUGCAUCAGCAGUUGCAUCAGCCGCAGGGAGGGCAUUCACACCAGCAGGGGGGGCAUUCGCACCAGCACCUGCAGGGCGGCGCAUACCCUGCUGCAGGGGAUUCAUUGCUCCUGUCGGCGGGGCUUGUGAACGGGACGAGUGGGCAGCCGGGGAGUGUUCACAUGUAGACCGGCAGAGGUGUGUCUAUCAGAAUAGCUGAUACUUCCUCAGAAGACUGCGCUUCUGUGGCAGAGAGAGGUCCACAGAACCUCUAUUAGUGUAGAGAAGUCACCGCAGCUUUGUGUGCUGAAAAGCCUGUAGAUCUCAUAGCAACUGAUACACAAAGACCAGCACGUGUAGGAACGCAUCUGCUUGUGAAAGUUGAGUAGCAGCAGAAGGUUCGUAAGUGAGGAAGCAAUGGCAGAGAGUCUAGAGGAGGAAAGGUCAGGGGUGGUAGUAGAAGAGCCUGGGGCCCAACAGGAAGCAGGCGGUGUGACUUCCUACGAGGAUCCUUCCUUGCAGUAUGACUUGUUGGAUGAACUUGG